AUGGCGGCGGCGGCAGCUCCCGGAGCGGCGGGGCCGGGAAUGGCGGCGGGAGCCGGGCCCGGUGCCGCGGUGGUGGCGGCGGGGCCCGGAGCGGUGGCGGAACGUGGGGGCGGGAGCGGCGGGGCCGCGGUGAAGAGCGGCGAGGAGCGGCUGAAGGAGAUGGAGGCGGAGAUGGCGCUGUUCGAGCAGGAGGUGCUGGGCGCUCCAGGCCCCGCCCCUGGGGACCCUUUGGCCCCGCCCCCCGUCCUGCGCCCGAUCAUCGCCACCAACACCUACCAGCAGGUCCAGCAGUCCCUCGAGGCUCGCGCCGCCGCCGCCCGCCACCCGUCCCCCCCUUGGGGACACCCCCGGUGCCGUUCGUGGGGCCAGACAGGUAACAGGUAA